ACUCUUUUCAUUCGUUUUUUAGACUCGGGAAGUUUAAAUAUAAAGUAUAUAUAUAUAUAUAACUGUAGUUGAGACCAGUGAAGAAAUUUGAAAACUUAUAUGCUUAGUAUUGGUUGUACCUUGAACUAUUAGCAAACUUAGUGUGGCUUCACUAUGUCAGGAGCUAUAUAGACAAAACCCAGUAAAACCGAAUUAUUUUUAAAUGAAUAAAUUAUUGAUGCGCACCAAACGUACAACUACCACACUUUGUGCGAAUUAUUUUCCCUAAGUACAUAAAUCUCGCAGGGAUUUAGACUUCUGUCCACGAAAAGAAGGCAGACUCACUUUGUCGGGUUGAAAUCAUCUUCGGAAUAUAACUUUCUGUGAAUCGAUUUUCAGUCCGCAGCUACAGCGAGUGUGACAGUCUGGUAUUGCUGAUUUCACUGCGAGGAAGGUGCUGGUACAGACGAUGUGAUAUCAAGCUGGGAAAACAAAGAAGUUGCAAAGGGAUGGAAAUACUGCACUACAACGCUUUUCUAGUUAGAUUUGUUUUUUGUGGACUAUUUUUCGGACUAACAAAUGCCCGAAACGAUUUUUCCGAUUUUGAUUUGAUGGGAAAACAACCAUAUGACGAUUCUAGUUACUUCGGAGACUUACGGUUCCCGAAAUAUAAGACUCAAAAUACGGAUUGUAAAACAAGACAAUACAAUCUGCCAAUUAUACCGACAAAUUACGGCAAGUUAAGGGGGAAACGAUUCAAUAUUGACAUGCUCUGCCCUGUUGUUCAAUUCUUAGGAGUGCCGUACAGUAAGCCCCCAAUCGGCGACAGGCGAUGGCAGAAACCAGAAGAUCCAAAUACAUGGGAUGGAGUUCGAGACGCGUUCACGAUGGGUCCAAUUUGCCCACAAAAAUUGGAUGGGCCGUUUCUUUAUCCACUGCUUCCAGCUUGGUUUCAAAAAUCAUCGAAAUACAUGAAGAAAAUGUCUAAAAAUAUGUCGGAAGAUUGUUUGUACAUGAAUAUAUAUGUCCCACUUGAGUUCUAUUACAACGAGUCCCAUGCACCCGGAAGUUACAAAAACCGACUCGCUGUAAUGGUUUAUAUUCACGGUCACACGUUCAUGGAAGGUUCCGGAAAUUUUUACGACGGAAGUGUUUUAGCAAGCUACGGGAAAGUAAUUGUGAUUACAUUUAACUAUAGGCUUGGUGCUUUGGGAUUUCUUAGCACUUCGAACCAACACAGCCCAGGAAACUACGGCCUUUGGGACCAAAUCAAGGCGCUUGAAUGGAUAUAUAAAAAUAUAGAACAUUUUGGCGGAGACAAAACAAGGGUGACAUUGUUUGGUUCGGGAUCGGGAGCAGCAAGUAUUAGCUUGCUUAUGGUAUCGGUGCAUGUUGAAGAUUACUUUCAACAAAUAAUACUGCAGAGUGGAACGGCGUUAUCAUCGUGGACUAUAGUUCAACGUCCAAUGACGCAGACAAGGCUAUUUUCUCAACAUCCUGGUAUUAAUUGUGCUAGUAAUUCGUCAGGAGCCGAAUUAAUGGAUUGCUUACGAAAAAAGCAUUGGAGUGAUAUACUGGCAGCAGAUCUGCAACCCGAAAUGUACAAUCUUGCGUUUGGGCCGGUGGUGGAUGGAUCAGAUGGAGUCUUAUCCGAUGAACCGGAAGAACUAAUGAAAUCCGGAGAAUAUAUGAACUAUCCGAUGAUCAUCGGUGUCUCGCAAGGUGACGGAUAUGGAUUGGUACGAAAACGAAAUCCGGUGGGAAUAAUGUCAGCAUUUGAAGUAACGAAACGCGUGUAUGAUCAGAAAGAUUUCAAGAUGGACGUCGAUAAAUUUGUAGAUGGAUUCUAUAGACGAGCUGGAACGGCGAAAGGGAUUCUCAGACGUAUUAUAGAAUUUAUGUACACGGAUUGGACACGCGAAUCAGACGAAAGAACAUUGCGAAGAUCUCUUCUUGAUUUAUACACCGACAGACAAUGGGUGGAGCCGGUCGUGCGAACUGCAAACAUGAAUUUGAAGCUGGGAUAUUCUGUAUAUUUCUACACUUUAUUUCAUCGAGCAGGAAUCGAUAGUGAAUCAGAGUGGAUGGAUGCUGGCCACGGUGACGAAUUACCGUUUGUAUUCGGGUAUCCAUUCUACUCAGGCCAAGAUGUUUUGUUUGGAUAUAACUUCACAAAAACAGAUAGGAUGAUCAGUGCUGGAAUCAUGACAUAUUGGACAAAUUUUGCAAAAGAAAGAAACCCAAUGUUGGGCAACAAGCAGAAGACGGAUUUUCUGACGGGUGUUCAUAACAAAUUUCAAGACUUGGAUUGGCCAAAAUACGAUAAAGCCGCCCAAAAAUAUUUGAUGAUCUCAAAGAAACCUGCGAUACUAGAUCAUUACCGGGCAAAUCAAGUGGCAUUUUGGAAUACUUUUUUACCAAAUAUGAUGGAGGCUGAGAAAAUAUUUCCAUCUCAAAAGUCUACGACCUGGCGUCCUGCUAUAGCCACGCCACCAACAACCAAGAAAUCUACUGAUAAGCCUAUCAUAUGGAGCCCUAUUCGUGACGCCCUUAGUACAAUGUCACCAAAUUCAAGUGAUGAAUCGAACAAAGCUGAUGGUGGGAUGUCACUUCGUUUGACCAUUACCUUGGCUAUAGGAUUCGUUCUUCUGUUUGUGAACAUCAUUGCUUUCUCCGUUGUCUCAUAUCAUAAAAAGAAAGACAAGUUCAAGAUCGAGAAACUGGAAGCACAAUUGGCUGAAAAGAACGAUCUUUUCAAAAAAGAAAUGAAGAAGGUUGAUAGCAACGGUGAUGAUGCUCCAAGUGGGGACAAUAAAAUGAAGCCACGGAGUAUUACAAACUGUCACACCAAUCCUGAAAUAUCACUGGAUGCAGCAGUGUUGGAAAAGUCUAACCACGCAUUAUGUGCGUACACUUUACCACAUAGGUAUUCUCACACAAAAUCUCCAACACGUGCUAUGUCUACGACUGCGCUACCACAAUUGAAACCAUGCGUUUUUCGUGACGAUUCCCUCACGUCGACAUCAGCAGAAGAACAGAGCAGAAAUACAAAAAGAAGAAGCUUUAAAAAAUAUGGCAACACAUAUCACUCAAGUGACGAUGGAUCACCCGCUAGCAUGAUGGUUUGCAACAGCAAGGAGGAGUUAUCAACAAUUCACCCACCCAUACCGGAAUUCAGCUUGGGAAUGAAGAAAGGCGACUUUUCGACUGAAAGUGGCGGUCGGUACAGUUUACAAACUACCAAUUCGGCUACUCCAGAUCAUCAUCGGGCGUACAAAACAUACAAUGGAAAACAAGCCGUUCAAGGCACAGUGCGACUGAACGUUGUUGAACCACCAGGCGAAGAAUCGAAUCGGCCCACGUCGCUUUGGUCCAUUGUGUCAUCUGUUGCCGACGGACGAAGCGCUUUUCAGCGAUAUGGAUUAGAAACAACAACGCGGGCUGGGCAUCACGGAAGCGAAUCACACAUGGCGUCUUCUUCCGCCAUUUCCCAAGUUGGAGAAAGUUACGCAUAUGCUAUACAAUCCGAUUCUCAAAAAAGCGACGUUGAAAUUAAUGACACACUACCUGUUGAGGGAGGUUACCUUGCAAGAGAUUUAUCAUGUGGCUCAAAGUCUGCUCUGCUUACAUCUCCAAUUGAAAAACCCUGCUUCCGAUCGGAUACAUCCGGUUCAGAAACAGAUCGUACCGGAUCGUCUUCGAGAAGUGACGCUAUCGGAAGUUACUGUGUGACAAAUAAUAAAACAAUGAACGUUAUUACAAAACUAUGAUAGAAUUAGUUACUAAAAAUAUUUGAUUUUUCCAACCAAAAUUGACGUGAUUGCUUGGUUUAUGAAUAUGGUGGCACGAAAAUAUGACAUUGCGUGCUCUUUUUUUAUUUUUUGUACCGUCUGAUUAUGUGAUGCCUUCUUUUUGUUCGUGAAUCAUUUUAAAUACCAUGUUUUUUACGGACAAACCAGUUGACAGAAGCUAUACUGCUACUGCUCAUUCAUGAAUGAAUUGAUUUUUGCACAUAAAUCAAUGAUAAAUCGCAUAGUUUUGGCCAUGUAUAAAUAAUCUCGGUUCGUAUUUCUGAUUACGAGUGCUUGUGACCUUGUUUUUAAUAAAUAUUCAUUAU